GAGAGCCCGGGAGUCGCGAGACGCGCCGCAUCGCUCCAACAUGGAGGCGUAGCGACGCUGCCAUGCACUAGAGGAGGAGAUCACCUUCCCUGUAGCCUAGCAGCAGCAGCAACAGCAGCAGCAGCAUCACCACCAUCCGUCCGUCCAACCUGAGCGGAGAGGAGGAGAGUGGAGGAGCGGCAGGAGGCGGAGGAGGAGCGGGGGGAGCGGGAGAGAUGGGCUCCCAGGUCGUGCAGACCCUGCGUCAGGGAGUGUGGGCAUCUCUGACCGGGGGCUGGUACCACGACCCGGACCAGAACAAAUUCAACAACUCCUGCCACCUCUAUCUGUGGAUAUUCCUCCUCAUGUUGCCCCUGUCUCUCCAUCUGGCCCUGCCUCCCACCACCAUGGCUUUGAGCAUCUACUGCAGCUCCAUCACUGUCUUCUUCGUCCUCAUCAAGAUGGCCAACUACCGGCUGCACCUGAUGUUCGACGAGGGCGAGGCGGUGGUCCGCAGCAGCCUCUCGGACCUCAGCAAGGCUCAGGAGAAGAAAAGCAACGCCUCCGACUCCUGCCUGCCCGCGAGCAUCAGGAAGAGCAGCACGGUGCCGGACAGUGUCGCCAUGACGAUGCUGGCCCGGAAACGUCCCAGUCCAGUCAUCCAGGUGACAGUGAAACAGACGGAAACCGACCCGGGACUGAUCGGCGUGGACUGUUCAAAAUCAGAAGAGGGCAAAACAGCAGAAGACGCGGGUGAGACUGCAGCGGAGGAAAAGCCGAUGGAUGAAGGGUUGCAGCCAAGUCCAGAGCCUUCUCCAGAUGACCUCUCCAGCCCCAAUCCAGACCAGGCCGCCCCGCUGCUGCAGGCCCAGCAGAGGCCUCCGUCUCGAGCCGAGAGGGAGGAGGCGCGGCCCGGAUCUGCCGGCGCGGCCGUGAAAACGGAAGCGGACGCAGGCGGGAGUGGAGCCGAGGACGGAGGGACGGACGUUCAGAGCGACAGAGACGGGUCGGAGCAGGAGAGAUCAGCGGAGAAAGACUCGGAGCUGUACAAGAUAGAGGAAAGAGAGUGCGAGGAUAAGGAGUCUACUGACAGGGAAACGGUCGAUGAGGGUCUGCCUCCUUCGAAGGGGAGCGGAGAUGAGAGCGAGGAGGACAGCGAGGGGCAGAAGGAGCCUGCAGACGCCAACAAUAACUCACUGCAGACUCCCCAGGAUGACCAGGAUGAUUUCAUCGACAUCCCAGAGCCUCCUGCACAGGCUGAGCCGGUGGAGGAGACGUACUGUUCCGAUGAGAUUGAAGUGGUUCUGGUGGAUAACUCCGGUCCGGGGCCCGUGUCGGCCCACCUGGACGACAGCGACACCGUCAAAAUCAUCAUCACCAUGAGCUGCGACCCUCAGACGGCUGCUCAGCUGGAGGAGAGCGUCAAGCAGAGCCUGCUGGAAAAUGCACAGGCUCAGAAGGACGCAGGCGAAUGUCACGUCAAGAUCCCCGUCAUCACCUUCGACUCCCCCGAGGAGGACAGACAGGAGGCCGGAGACGCGGAGGAGACGGCGGGCUCGGAGGACGACGCCACCCCGAAACGGCAAAUGACCGCGAGCCAGAGUGAGGAGUUUCACCUGUGCAGAGAAACCACCAGCUCCGACUCCGCCACGCCGGAGUGUCCAGACCCGGACCGGGCGGCGCAGGCGACGGGCGACAGCACGCCCAGCCCGCAGCUCACCAACGACAACAGCUCGUCGGGGAUCGACGUCCGCUCCCACCCCGACGACACCGACCCCCUGGAGCCCAGCGUGGAUUCACACGGCUUCCUGCGGCUGCCGCAGAUCCUGAGCCGCUGCGGGCCCGGCGGGAGGACUCACCUCCGAGGGCUGAGCAUGGACAGCGGGAAAGACGCCGUCCUGCUGUCAGACCGCUCACAUCAUGCAACCACUAUGACCAGUUCCAAGUCAGACCUCGAGGCAAAGGAGGGCCAAAUUCCAAAUGAAUCCAACUUCCUGGAGUUUGUUUCUUUGUUGGGGUCGCUCAGUACAAGAGGCGCCGUGGCGAACACUCAGGACGAGGACGAGCCAGAGAGCAAAGAGGAGGUGGAACCUGCAGAAGAAGAGAAUCACAGUGUAACCUCCAAACCAGAUGAAACCAUAACGGAGACAAACACCGAGAACAAGCCGGAGAGACCGAAGCCGCCCACCAGUCUGCCCACCAGCACACUGCAGGCCUUACCGCCCACACAGAUCCCCAUCGUCUCUCCUGACAGUGUGUGCAGUCCGCAGACCGACAGGGAGAAGGAUCCGGACUACGAUUCCUUGCCGUCGCAAACGUCUCAGUCGGAGAGCUCCAUGCUGCAGGUCAUCUGCAGGCCCGAGGCCACCAACAAAGAAGAGGCCUACACUUUCCACACCGUACACAGAGACAGGCCUCGUAAACUCUACGCUGAGCGAGCGCUCAACCUGCCGCUUGGAGCGGAGCUCAUCACAGGCAACAUGUGCGACCUGCUGUCCACUUCUUCCAACUCGGAGUGUCAGGACGGUCUGGCCGGCGGUCACGCCGACUGCCCGUUUCAGAGACGAAUCAUCCCCGCGCACAGGCUUCGGCCGCGAAGGACACACCCGGAGAUCUUCCAGGAAGAGGACUCUUUGGAUGACUCGUCGGAGACGUCCACGCAGGAGAAGCCCACCAGGAAGAUUUAUUACAAACUCAAACUGUUUCCUGGGAAGUGGAUCAACAUUUUGUAUGACCGUCUGACCCUGCUCGCCCUUUUAGACAGGAACCAGGGUGUUCUGGAGAAUCUGGUGGCUGUGUUCAUGGCCUUCCUGGUUUCUUUCCUGGGCUUCUUGCUUCUCAACCACGGCUGUUUCAAAGACUUCUGGAUCUUCCAGUUCUGUCUCGUCAUCGCGAGCUGCCAGUAUUCCUUACUCAAGAGUGUUCAACCAGAUGCGGCUUCCCCAACACAUGGUCACAACCAGCUGGUGGCCUACAGCCGAGCGGCCUACUUCUGUAUUUUCUGCGCCCUGAUCUGGCUGCUGGAGCAGCUGCUGCGGACGAAGGACCUCCCCGUGUCCACCCUGUACGGCGUCACCAUCGUCUGCUACGACGUGCUCAGCUUCUUACGAGACCUGCUCGUGGGUUUCACCUACUGCUUCCCAAUUACCUUCCUGGUGGGCCUUUUCCCUCAGAUCAACACCUUUACCAUUUACCUCCUGGAGCAGAUCGACAUGCACUUUUUUGGAGGAACAGCCGCUACGAGUCUCAUCUCUGCGAUCUACAGCAUCCUGCGCAGCCUGAUGGCUCUCUCUCUGCUCUACGGCUUCUGCUUCGGCGCUCUCAAGGAGCCGUGGGACGAGCAGCACACUCCGGCGCUGUUCUCCAGCUUCUGUGGCCUUUUAGUUGUGUUUUCCUAUCACCUCAGCAGGCAGAGCAGCGACCCAUCCGUGCUGCUAUCACUGAUCAAGUCAAAAAUCAUGCCGGCGCUGGUGGAGAGCGAGGAAGAGGAGGAGGAGGACGCAGACAUUAAAGACCCUCUGCCCGAGAAACUGCAGACCUCCAUGAAGGAGAUCCUGCUGUCGGACGUGGUCGUGUGCUCCGUCGCCUACAUCCUGACCUUCGCCAUCACCGCCAGCACCGUGUUCCUGUCUCUCAAGCCCUUUGUGACCAUCGUGCUGUACGCGCUGGCGGGGACGGUGGGCUUCGUCACCCACUACCUGAUCCCCCAGAUGCGGAAGCACCACCCGUGGCUGUGGAUUUCACACCCGGUCCUCAAGACCAAAGAGUACCACCAGUUUGAACCCAGAGAGGAUGCCGUCCUCAUGUGGUUCGAGCGCCUCUACGUGGGACUCCUGUGCUUCGAGAAGUACGUUGUGUACCCCGCCAUCGUGCUGAGCGCGCUCACCAACGACGGCUUCGCCCUCAGCCACCGCAAGAAGCUGGGAAUCCACUGUGACGUAUUCCUGACGACCAUCGCCGGGCUGAAACUCCUGCGCUCGUCCUUCUGCGACCCCAGCUUCCAGUUCCUCACCCUGCUCUUCACGCUGGUGUUUUUCCACUUUGACUGUCCGCACGCCUCCGAGAGCUUCUUACUGGACUUCUUCAUCAUGUCUAUUGUCUUCCAUAAGAUGCGCGAGCUGUUGCUGAAACUCCAUUUUAUCCUGGUUUACAUCGCUCCCUGGCAGAUUGCCUGGGGCAGCGCUUUCCACGCCUUUGCCCAGCCUUUCGCUGUGCCUCACUCAGCCAUGCUGCUUCUCCAGACUCUGCUCACCACCGUCUUCUACACGCCGCUGGCUCCCUUUCUGGGCAGCGCCAUCUUCAUCUCUUCCUAUCCGAGGCCCAUCAAGUUCUGGGAGCGAAACUACAACACAAAACGUAUCGACAACUCCAACAGCCGCCUGGUGUCCCAGGUGGACAAAGAGACAGGCUGUGACGACAACAACCUGAACUCCAUCUUCUACGAGUACCUGACCCGCUCGCUGCAGCACUCGCUGUGUGGCGACCUCAUGCUGGGCCGAUGGGGCAACUACAGCGCCGGGGACUGCUUCAUUCUGGCCUCCGACUACCUCAACGCCCUGGUUCACCUCAUCGAGAUCGGAAACGGGCUGGUGACCUUCCAGCUCCGGGGGCUGGAGUUCAGAGGGACGUACUGCCAGCAGCGGGAGGUGGAGGCCAUCACGGAGGGCGUGGAGGAGGACGACGCCUGCUGCUGCUGCGAGCCGGGGCACCUCCCGCACAUGCUGUCCUGCAACGCGGCGUUCAACCUGCGCUGGCUGGCCUGGGAGGUCAUGGCAACCAAGUACCUGCUGGAGGGCUACAGCAUCAGCGAGAACAACGCCGCCACCAUGCUGCAGGUGUACGACCUCCGGAAGCUGCUCAUCACCUAUUACCUGAAGAGUAUCAUCUACUACCUGGUCCACUCCCCAAAACUGUCCACCUGGCUGAAAGACGGCAGCAUCCAGGAGGCGCUGCAGUCCUACACCAAGUGGCACCACAUCGAGCGCGACCCCCAGGUCUUCAGCGUGAAGAUCGACGAAGACUACGUGCACUGCCUGCAGGGGGUGACGCGAGCCAGCUUCUGCAACGUCUACCUGGAGUGGAUCCAGUACUGCGCCGGCAAGAUGGAGACGCCUGUGGAGAGCGACGAAGACUCUCCUCUGGUGACUCUGUCUUACGCUCUCUCCGUCCUGGGGAGACGAUCUCUCGGCACGGCGUCACACAACAUGUCCAACAGUCUGGAGUCGUUCCUGUAUGGUUUCAACACCCUGUUCAAAGGCGACUUUCGCAUCGCCACAAAGGACGAGUGGGUUUUUGCUGAUCUGGACCUCCUGCAGAAGGUGGUAGCUCCUGCGGUCAGAAUGAGCCUCAAAUUACACCAGGAUCACUUCACUUGUCUGGAAGAGACCGAGGAGGCGUCGAUCUUGUACGAAGCCAUCACCAACUACCGCAGCAGCCUGGUCAUCUGUCACGAGAGCGACCCCGCCUGGCGCAAGGCCGUGCUGUCCAGCCGCGACACUCUGCUCACGCUCAGGCACAUGAUCGACGACGGCACCGACGAGUACAAGAUCAUCAUGCUGUACAAGCGCCACCUCAGCUUCAAGGUCAUCAAGAUCAAUAAGGAGUGUGUGCGAGGGCUUUGGGCCGGCCAGCAACAGGAGCUGGUGUUUCUACGAAACCGCAACCCGGAGCGCGGAAGCAUCCAGAACUCAAAGCAAGCCCUGAGGAACAUGGUGAACUCCUCCUGUGACCAGCCUCUGGGAUACCCCAUGUACGUUUCACCUCUGACGACGUCAUACGCAGGAACUCACCGCACGCUGCGCAGCAUCGGAGGAGGGGCGUUGAGUCUGGAUGUGAUUCGCUCCUGGCUGUGUUCCAAAUGGUUACGGGUGCGUAAGGACAAUCUGACCAGCUGCAACAGCGGCGUCAACAUGGAGGACGUGGACUGCGGCGCCGGCGGCUCGUCCUCGCUGAGCCACAACCGGCCGUCCUCCGUCACGUCCAACAGCCUGAGCCUGUACCAGCACAGGGCCAGGGCCACACACAGCCACCGGCACCACAACGCAGCGCGCAGAGAGUACCGCAGUCGCUCGGUGCAGCCUCAGAGUCAGCGGCCUCCCGUCAGCAGCCAAUCAGGACCCAUCCUGGACUCAGGGUCCACCCAUGGCCUGGUCCAGCGCCUCUCCAACAGUCAGCUGUCCUUUAACACCUCCAUAGCCUCCAUUUUCUCCCAGGUCCCUCGUCUCUCGGGUGCCGGGGGAAUCAGCUCGCAGCUCCAGGCGGCGCAGCAUCAGCAGCGCUCCAGCCAGGUGUCCUCGUCCUCGUCCACGCUCAGCCUGCUGUUCGGGAAGCGGAGCUUCUCCAGCGGCCUGGUGAUCUCGGGGCUGUCCGCCGCCGAAGGGGGCAACACCACCGACACCCAGUCGUCCUCCAGCGUCAACAUCGCCAUCGGACCGUCGCACAGGUCCAGCAGCAGAGCCACACAGUGGACAUCAGAGCCAUACGAGAGCAUCGACGCCACCAACUCCAACGUGGCCAUCACCGUGAAGGAAGGCACGCACUCCAGCGAGCAAGUCUGCAGCCAGGGGCUAGACAAGACCCAGGAGGAGUCCGCAUCCGCCGCCACGCCGCCAGAGCCCACGGAUCAGAAGACUGUCUGAGAGAAAGAACACACACACAAACACACACACACGAGAGUGCCCGUGUACAGAGAGGACUGUAUGAAGAAGUGAUUCAUGUCCGACAUACGUCCGCAGGACUGUACCGAAGAGCACCCAUGCACAUGAACCUGCCUCCUCUCUCGCCCUCAGCAUGUGGUCUCACCCCGUCGUCUGAAUGUACAACAAAGUCGAAAUACGUGGUCCCGGAUCCGGUCGGUGAAAAUAAAAACGUUUUUAAAAUGAGA